AUGGUGAAUCCAACCAAAGGAACAUCCCUGUUUCGGGAGCACCUGCCCGAUCUUUCUCAAGACAGGUUCACGGUGAUGAAGAACCAAAAUGCUCACGAGUACGUGAAAGCCUUCAAGGAUAGCGCAGCGCCACCUUGGUUGCAUGCACUUUACGUCCAUUGGCGUAGCCUUCUCGCUGAGCCCUAUAAAGGAGUCACGAAUGACGGGAAUAUUAGACCUGGCCUCUUCAGCCUCGAGGAUCAAGGUAUACCUAUCGAAGAUAUCGUGAAGGCUGCUGAGGCGGCGUUGUCCAAAAUGAACCAUGCACAGAGAGAAAGAACGGUGUACCAUAUUGAUUCUCCGGAAUGGCGAACCUGGUCUAAUCCUGAGUUCUUGUUAAGUGACAAGGGUGUAAGGUUAGAUGAGGUGAGUGAUGAACUGCGCUCUGCUGUGUUGAAUGUUUUGAGGGCCAGUCUGUCUCCUGAGGGAUAUGCAAAGGCAGUUGCAGCCAUGCGAAUCAACGGAUUCCUGGGAGACCUAGUAGAGUCUCCUGCUAUCAUGAAUGAAUUCUCUUACAACUUUGUUCUGUUUGGAGAAAGACCUUCAAUUACAGAACCCUGGGGAUUUUCGUUCUACGGCCACCAUCUGUGUCUGAAUGCCUUCUUUUAUAGGAGGCAGAUGGUCCUCUCACCAUGGUUCACAGGCGCUGAGCCCAACAUUAUUGAUGAUGGAAAGUACAGCGGAACACAAAUAUUGCAGGUCGAAGAGAAACUUGGGCUGCAGCUAAUGCAGGACCUCCCUUCUGAAAUUCAGUCACGGGCUCAGAUUUACAAACACAUGAAAGAUGAUUCCAUGCCUCUUGGGCGAUGGAACCAUGAUGAUCAGAGGCAUCUUUGUGGAGCGUAUCGCGACAACAGGGUGGUCCCAUACGAGGGCGUUGUCGUUACUGAAUUUAAUGCUGAGCAACUGGAACUCGUGAUAGGAAUUGUCAACGAAUACAUUCUCUAUCUUCCAGCUUCGGCUCGCAAGGUUCGACUCGAGGAAGUGAAGAAGUGGUUCCAUGAGACCUACUUUUGUUGGAUCGGUGGAUACACAGAUUCCGAUCCAUUCUACUAUCGUCUCCAGAGCCCAGUCAUCAUUAUUGAGUUUGACCAUCAUUCUGGGGUUUUCUUGGCGAACAAGGAACCAGCCAAGUUUCAUAUUCACACUCUGCUGAGGACACCCAAUGCUGGAGACUACGGUGUAGCCUUGAGAAAGCUGAUACCGGGCAAAGAGCAGAAAUUUCUAUGGCAGGCUAGCAUCUAG